CGGGGCACGCUCAGCGUUCCCCAAUUGAAAUCGAGCGGCGUCGGCCGGCGGCCGGCGGCGGCGAUGGAGGUGGGCGACCUGCGCAAGGUAUGGGAGAUCCGCGCCCUCAAGAGAAAGCCCGACGAGCCCUCCGCUCGCGCCAUCCUCGACCGCAUCGCCAAGCAGGUCCAGCCCAUCAUGCGCCGCCGCAAGUGGCGCGUCAAGGUCCUCUCCGAGUUCUCGCCGAAGAACCCCAGGCUGCUGGGUCUCAACGUCAACAGGGGCGUCGAGGUGAAGCUGCGGCUGCGGCCCAACGGCCGUGACCACGAAUUCAUACCCUACGAGAGGGUGCUCGACACCAUGCUCCACGAGCUCGCCCACAUCGCGCGCGGCCCUCACGAUGCGCAGUUUUACAAGCUAUGGGACGAACUCCGCAAGGAAUGUGAAGAACUUGUUUCAAAGGGUAUCACUGGGCCAGGACAAGGGUUUGAUGGUGCAGGCAGGCGAUUAGGUGGGUUUUCUAUACAUCCACCUCCACCGUCUCUCCGGCAAGCUACACUAAGUGCAGCACAGAAACGGGCAAGGAAUGGAGCUCUAUUGCCAUCUGGUCCAAGAAAGCUGGGUGGAAAUAAUGAUAUCAUGAGUGCGUUGAGUCCAGUACAAGCUGCUGCUAUGGCUGCUGAAAGAAGAAUGCAAGAUGACUUGUGGUGUGGAUCGCAUGACCAAUCUGGCAUUGAUGAUUCAGAAGAUGUUGCUAUUCUUGAGCAAGCACCUAACCUCACAGCAAGGGAUAGAAAACACACGAAAGCCGGAAAAAACACAAAGGUUGUGUUUUCGAGCAGUUCUGCAGAGUGCAGCACUUCAUCUGGACCUCAAGUUGCAGCACCAGGGGAUUCCUCUUCUUGUAGGACUACUGAUGCGGCCAUCAGUUCUCUGUGGGAGUGUAGUGCUUGCACUCUUCUAAAUCAGCCUCUGGCACCAAUAUGUGAAGUUUGUGGGACAGCGAAACCUAAAAUUGCAAAAGCCAAGUACACAACUUGGUCCUGUAAAUUCUGUACUCUAGAGAACAGCGUUGAGCUUCAGAAAUGUUUGGCAUGUGAUCAAUGGAGAUACUCAUAUGGACCACCUGUAGCCACAUAUGGUCCAAGCUAUGAUUGACAUUCAGUGAAAGCUACAAUAAUGGAUCACGCUUUUGCUCAGGCACCUGCUGCAAUGUCUAUAAAUUGUCUUAUUAGCAGCUGUUACUUAUGUUACCACUGCAUGUCAAGUCUACUGAGUUGCAGAAAAGAACAUCAAGCUUUAGCUUGGUACUCCAUCCAUGUAUCCAAGACCUAUUAAUGCAAGAUCAGUAUGACUUGUAAACCUGGAUGGAGGAAGUAGCCUUACUACAAUCUAGAGUAUUCUGUUUGCGGGGCUCCCAAUUUCUUUUUGGGAGCAUUGAUUCAUGGGCAGUGGGUAGUUUGUCACCAUGUAUGUUUUGGCAUCUUUCACUUGUCUAACUGGCUUUUGUGCAAGAAUGCCGCCAUA